CAUACCAGCAUAGCCAUGAAUUUGGAGCGUGACUUCCAUAUGGCAACAGGGGAAGCAGAGGCAAACUAUGCCAACAACUCUAGGCUUCAGCGAAAGGCCUUACUCAAGACCAAGCCGCUGCUUGACAAGGCUGUGAGACAGGUGUACACGGCUCUCCAACCUCCAACUAUGGUGGUUGCUGACCUAGGCUGCUCAGUCGGCACCAACACUCUCCUCUUCGUCUCCGAGGUCAUUAGCACAGUAGCUUACGCUCAGUAUCAGAAUGAGCUUGGGCGCCAUCCCAUGGAGCUCCAGUUCUUCCUCAACGAUCUACCAGGCAAUGACUUCAACCAGGUGUUCCAGUCGCUUCAACAGUUUACCAAGUCGAUUGCAGAAGAUCAUCCCAAGGAAAUAGCACUAUCUCCGUUCUAUAUUUCUGGGCUGCCAGGCUCUUUCUACACCAGGAUUUUCCCUUGCCAAAGUGUUCACCUUUUCCACUCCUCCUACUGCCUCCAUUGGCAAUCUCAGAUGAUCAAGGACAUGGACGAAAGUAUGGCAAACCUGAAUGGAGGGAACAUUUACAUUACCAAGAGCACGCCUCCGUCAGUGGUGAAGUUGUACCAGGAUCAGUUCCAGAAGGAUAUGGCCCUCUUCCUCAAGCUGCGCCAUCAGGAACUCAUGCCUGGUGGGAAGAUGCUGCUCACAUUCCUUGGAAGGAAAAAACAGGACGUCUUGGAUGGAGAUAUGAGCCAUCUCUUUGGAUUGCUUGCAGAAGCUUUACAGUCUCUAGUAACUGAGGGCGUUGUGGAGAAGGGAAAGCUGGAGUCAUUCAACAUACCAAUGUAUGGGGCAUCCAUUGAUGAAGUGAAGGCAGUAGUCGCAUUGAAUGAGCUCUUUGACAUGGACCACAUUGAACUCUUUGAGUCCAACUGGGAUCCAUAUGACGACUUGGAACAUGAUGACAUGUGUAGCAGCCCUCAGCGUGGGGUGAAUGUGGCCAAGUGCAUAAGAGCAGUGCUUGAGCCCCUGUUGGUGAGCCAUUUUGGAGAAUAUAUACUCGAUGAGCUCUUUAAGAGGUAUGCACAUCUUAUGGACAGGCACCUUGCAAAGGAGAAUACAACAAAGUUCUCCGUCAUAGUCUUGGCAUUGAACCGAAGAGGUUAGAGAAGACAUAUGGCACUACAAGAGAUGAUUUUCUAAUAUCUUCUUUAUGCUUAGUUGGGAUUUUCCAUCAAGGGGUUGUCAUGCUUUUAUCAUGUAAAAUUCGAAAAUUGGCUGUGAAAUUUCGAUGUGUGUUUCUUAAACCCAAACAAUUGAACGACGCAGGCUCCAGUAGGAUUUUGAUUUACGUACUACACAAUUAUGCUUAUGCAUCCCGUCACAGCCCCACCCAUCGAGACAAUCUCACAGAAAGAAAGUUUGUCAAA